AUGGAGAUCUCUAAACUCACGAGUCCUCAGGAGUGGAAGUACUUUGCCAAGGGAAAUGCCAAUAUCCUUUUUGAGUACACCGGAAGCAAUGACUACUUGAGGCAUAAGCUUUUACGAUUGAGACUUCUCAAGGAGGAUGAUCAGUACAUUUCCACCUGUGAAUUGUACGACUUCAUUGAGCUCCGAUGCAAACACCUCUUUCCCGAAAUGAUCAUCGAUAUUCAAUUGGUGGUUUUGACGGGCGAAUUUGUCCAUAACUUGGAUUCCAAUGGUCACAAGAUGAUGAUCCAAGAACGCUACGGGUUGUUACUACCGAACAUCUUAGAAGGAGAGAAUAACAAACAGGCGUUGUCAAAGAACUGCAACUUGUAUUUUGACGAUCAAUUUAAUGCCAUCACCCUUGAGUUGAAGCCUAAAUGGCUUUAUGACAAUAAGAACAAUAACUAUUGUCGGACGUGCCUGUUGAAUCAACUCAGAGGAUUCGAACGACACUUUUGUCCCUUAGACUUUUUGUACCCUGAGGCCUUACAAGAAGGACUCGAUGAUGUGUUCAAGGCUGUUCCUGACGACUUGGUACAACAAAUUCAAAAAAAUAUUCCUGUUAAGCAGCUUUUCAUGCAAUAUUUGCAGAGUCCCAAAAAUGUGUUUCAAAAACUCAAGCAGUACCAGAAAAUUAACGACAAAAAUGACUUGAUAGAGAACUUGACGUCACCGAACGAUGUAUCAGUGAACCUCUGGCUCGUGAUGACGCUUCGAGAUGUAGGGUUGUUUCUCAAGUUUGAGAAGUAUGAUCGAAACAACAACAUCCACAACAGCCAUAAUAACGUUAACAAUCUCAUCACUAUCGAUAAUGGAAAGUACCUUUUGACAAGCAAUAUUUACGACUUGGAUCUCAAGUCCAAAAGUAAGUACAAGCAUUGGUUGAAUAUCGAGCAUCAAUUACAACCCAUAUAUAACUCUUCGAACCCUACGUGGAGAUAUUGCAUUAAACGAUAA